AUGAUCAAAGCCCAUGUAAAAUGUGCGAUUGGUAACAUCUUCUCAGCUUGUGUGCUGAAUAGCCUCACGAUCAAGUGGAGACAGGCUCGAAUGAGGGCAGUUUUUCCCGAGAUGCCUACAGUAGGCCGGGCUACUUCCAGGAAUUGA